UCGUACACUGAUUGGAUUUGUUGUACACGAACAUCGUUUUUUCUUACGUGUCUUCAUCGAGAUGGAGCGGCAUAUUUUCAUUUUAAUAGUAGGCUUAGUGAUUGUAAAUUUUGUGCAUUUUGUUGCGCCCGAAAUAGUUAACAAAAAUGUGGAUCGUGUAAUAGAUUUAUCCACACAACUUACUAAGGAAACCAUCAAAAUCACCGCCUCCGAUGAAGCCGGCAAACAAUUCAGCAAAUAUCAAUUAGUCAUUCCCGGCGAAUAUCAUCAAUCGCUUGCCUAUAUAUCAGUUAAAGAUGCCCGCAAAAAGGAUAUGAAAGUUCAAAAAGAGGUUAAGAACGAGGCUACCACUUUCAAUGUGGAUUUUCCAAAAGCCGCCAACACCCAAGAACUGUUCGUAGAAUUGGUUUAUAUACAGCAAGUGCAACCCUACCCUGAAGAAAUAAGGCAGUCCGAUAAGCAGUUUGUCAAAUAUAAUGGGCUUCUGUACUUGUACACACCGUACAAAACCACCGAGCAAAAAACUCAGGUUAUAUUGAGCUCAUCCAAUGUAAUUGGUUAUAAUCAAACGAAGCCUUAUACCUUAUCUGGAAGUAAAAUCAAAUAUGGCCCCUAUGAGAAUAUCGAGGCUCUAACUAAGGAAAAGCUGUAUAUACAUUUUGAAAAUCAAAAUCCAUUUAUGACCGUGAAUCGUUUGGAACGAACAAUUCAGAUUUCGCACUGGGGUAAUAUCGCUGUUGAGGAGAGUAUUCAAUUGACACAUUCCGGAGCCAAGUUGAAGGGAUCCUUUUCUCGGUAUGAAUUCCAAAAAGACUCCAGAUCUGGCCAAUCGUCUGUGAAGUCAUAUAAAACAAUGUUGCCUGCCUCCGCCUUUGGAGUAUAUUACCGCGACAGUAACGGCAACAUUUCGACAUCUAACAUGAAUAUUUUGCGCGAAUACGUCGAUCUUGAAUUGAGACCGCGCUUCCCCUUGUUUGGAGGCUGGAAAACCCAAUACAUUAUUGGUUAUAACAUGCCCUCCUUUGAAUAUCUUUUCAACGAGGGCAGCAAUUAUUUGCUUAAAAUGCGUUUAAUUGAUCACAUUUUCGACGAUAUGUUCAUUGAGGAGGCUGUUGUAAAGAUUAUACUGCCUGAAGGAUGUACAGGCAUAAAGCUGAAGACCCCAUAUGCUGUGGAGAGAAAAGAUGAUGGAUUGACUCACACCUAUUUGGAUACAUUCGGUCGCCCAACUAUAACAUUCACCAAAAAGAAUGUAGUAGAAAAUCAUAUUGCCAACUUUGAGUUGACUUAUAACUUUUCCAAGAUUUUGCUGCUACAAGAGCCUUUGCUUCUCAUAUCAUUUGUUUUUAUUAUUUUUAUGCUGGCAAUUAUAUGCAGACGAUUGGACUUUUCCAUCUCAACACAUCCUCAUAAAGACUAAAAACUUUGUCGUAUUAGUUUAUACAUUUACAAUGUCUACUGUGUAAUAAUAUUUAAAUAAAAUGGUGGUAACUCGAAAUUCCAGAGUAA